AGCCUUCAUAGAUUAUUCUCCCCAAAGUCUCUCCCUGCCUCUCCUCCAUCUCGCGAUCGACCCCUCGCCCUUUCUCUUCUCUCGCUUCCCAAACUCCGCCUCCGCGCCCUCUCCCCCCCCCCACCCUCCUCCCACUCGUCAUCUCGCGAUUGGCGAAUUCUUGGGUUCCGCGGCCACCCGGAUCCAGCUCGACGAGGCCAGCUCCUCUAAAGCUUCGGAUUGCGCGAGCGGGCGCUGCUCACUCCCAGUUCCUCCUCCUCCUCCGCCGCCGCCACGACGACGACGAGUUGCUGUGCCUGGGGUUGGAGACUCCACCGCCUCUCUGUUGACCAUCGGAUAUGGUCUGAAGUCUGAAUCAGCACACAAUAUAGAAAUCUGAGCCCUAAAUCUGCUUCAUUUGUGAGAUUGUGACAGUGCCAAGUAUUGACGGAAUUGUCACUCUGCAAGAUGUUUUGGCACGUGCCUGGACUCUCCGCUGCAUCACCUGUGGAUACUAUUUUGGACAAGGAAAAUUUUAAGUUGGAGGAUCUUCUCGAGGAGGAUGAAAUAAUCCAGGAGUGCAAAGCACUGAAUACCCGCCUAAUAAAUUUUUUGCGAGACAAGGUUCAAGUGGAGCAAUUGCUCUGCUACAUUGUAGAAGAGGCACCUGAGGAUGCAGAAAAGAAAAGGAUAUUUAGAUUUCCUUUUAUAGCUUGUGAAAUAUUUACGUGUGAAGUGGAUGUCAUCAUGAAGACAUUAGUGGAGGAUGAAGAUCUCAUGAAUUUACUUUUCUCAUUCCUGAAACCUGACCACCCUCAUGGUACAUUGUCUGCUGGUUACUUUGCCAAGGUAGUGAUUUGCUUGAUGCUGAGGAAGACACUCCCACUUGUUAGUUACGUGCAGGACCAUCCUGAAAUAGUUAGCCAACUUGUGGAUCUUAUUGGGAUUACUUCUAUCAUGGAGGUUUUGAUUCGCUUAAUCGGUGCUGAUGAAACUAUGUAUUCAAGUUACGCGGAUUCUAUGCAAUGGUUAGAUGACAUAAAGGUCCUUGAGAUGAUUGUUGACAAGUUCAGCACAUCAGAUUCUCCUGAGGUUCAUGCAAAUGCUGCUGAAAUCCUUUGUGCAAUAACUAGAUAUGCCCCUCCAGCACUUGCUGCAAAGAUUUCCAGUCCAAGCUUUGUGGGAAGAUUAUUUCAACAUGCUUUUGAAUCUUCAAGGCCUAAAUCGGUGCUGGUCCACUCACUGGCAGUGUGCAUAUCUUUGUUAGAUCCUAAGAGACUUGUAUCAGCUUCCUACCAGGCUUUCUGUAGUCAGUUAAGCCAUGGAACACUGGUCACUGCAAGUCCAGAAACAGUUAAUGGCAUGCUGGAUAGCCUAGGUGAUUUGUUAAAGCUGCUGGAUAUUUCAUCUGCUGAAAAUGUUCUGCCAACAACAUAUGGAAGCUUACAACCUCCUCUUGGCAAGCAUCGCUUGAAGAUUGUCGAGUUCAUCUCUGUUCUACUGUCAAUUGAUAGUGAAGCUGCUGAAAUGCGACUGAUCCAUCUAGGAGCAAUCAAGCGUGCUAUAGAUCUAUUUUUUGAGUACCCAUUUAACAACUUUUUGCACCAUCAUGUGGAGAAUAUCAUCGGGUCCUGUUUAGAAAGUAAGCAGGAUCACCUGAUUGGGCAUGCUCUUGAUGAGUGUAAACUUGUUACAAGAAUUCUGGAAGCAGAUAAAUACUCUGCUCUGUCAACAGAUUUAACUAAGCAUACAUUAUCUUCAGAGGGGAAAUCUCCACCAAGGAUAGGAAUUGUUGGUCAUACGACACGCAUAGCUAACAAGCUCAUUCAGCUAGCCAACACCAACAUCGCAGUCCAAUCACAUUUGCAGAAUUCUGGUUGGAUUGAGUGGCAUUCCAGUAUCCUAACAAAGCGUAAUGCAUUAGAAAAUGUUUACCAGUGGGCUUGUGGUCGACCAACAUCACUGCAGGAUCGUGGUAGGGACAGUGAUGAUGAAGACUUCCGAGAUAGGGACUACGAUGUGGCCGCACUUGCUAGUAAUUUAAGUCAGGCAUUUAAAUAUGGUACUUACAGUAAUGAGGAUAUUGAUGAGGCCCAAGUAUCACUCGAGCGGGAUGAUGAGGAUGUAUAUUUUGAUGAUGAAUCUGCGGAGGUAGUAAUCUCCUCUCUUCGCCUUGGAGAUGUACAAGACAGUAGCUCUCUCUUUACAAAUUCCAAUUGGUUUGCGUUUGAUGAGGACAAAGCAUUGAAUGAUGGUCCGGUUACCUUAGAAGCUUCCUCAUCCCCAAAUUCAGAGAAAUCUUCGCCAGAAGUGGAUGACGAGUAUGAUGAAGUAAUUCUUGGUGAAGUUAUAGAUGACACAAAAGGUUCUAAACCACCUUUUCCAAUCUCCAACAAGGACUCAAGUGAAGAGUCUGUUCACACAGUCUUGACAAAUGGCCCCGUUGACAAGUUGGAAGAUGACAUCAGACCACCAACUCCUGAUGUGAAAGAGAGUCCACCUGAGUGUGUCGAAUGGAUGGAGGAAGAAUCUGAACCUGGUGUUGUUGCUGAGAAGGAUACUGCGGUUCCUAAUUUUGAGGCUGGAAGUGAGAAGCAGCUGAAUGCCACCGAUGAUGUCAUGCCUGUUGAGGCCAAAUCAGAAGAGGAAAAAGCGAGUGAUAAUUCUUUUGGAUCUUCAAUGCCUGAGGCUACAGCAGAAGAAGCGUUACCAGUUUCACCUGAUGUUAAUUCAAUCAAGCAUCCUGAACCAGUCAAUGACAGUACCGGUUUGGAGUCUCCAGUGGACGAACAAAACCACGAGAAGGAUGAAAAUCAGGGGGAAUGAAAUGAAUUUGAGGGCAGCAGACUUUCGUUCACAUUGAUGAUGGACGUGCAGGGUGCUUGGGGAACUGGUCGGAUCAUUCUUGUACAAACAGUUGGAGGGUCAUACAUGGAUAUUUUUCUAUACAGUUUGCUUAAGGAGGUCCCCGACACUCACCUGAUGGAGCCUCAAAGAUUUAACUUGUCUCAUGGACCUGCUUAGGUUUGAUUUGUAUCAUAAUUUAUUGGAGGUUCGUUGAUGCUGUGCCAGUGCCUGCAGUCUCCCGGCUACAUUUUGGCACAAAAUGCUGGAAAUAGUCAGCCUUUUCGUUCUCAACCAAUAGUUGGGGUUCUGCUUGUGUCACCGACUCACCGUGGUAAAUAACCGAUUGGUGAUACCUGGUUCUGCUGCAUGUCAAAUGCUGUAGCUUGUGCUAUUUGUAUGAAAAUUUUGACCCAAUCCCAGCCAGUCGAUUGUUGUCAUAUUCAGAAUUUGUUCCGUCGUAUAAACUAUAAAGACAAGAUAACUUCUAUUCUUCCCAGGUACUUUAUUCAU